AUCACAAGGUCUCAUCUUCACGGUCGGUCUGUUCCAAAAAUUAAGCAAAAAAUUUUCUUGUUCUUUUUUAAUUGCUAAUUGUGUAUGUGGCGGUCGAAGUUGUGGGCGCCGAGUCUAAAAUCUUCUACAUUUUUCAACAGACCACAUCACUCAAAUAUACGACGUCGCAGUGAAGGCUUCCUGAAACCCCACGCACACACACAGCCAUGACAGCAGCAGCUGAUUCUUCAUCAAUUUUCUCUCUCAACAACUCGCGCCCGCCCGACGACACCGUCUUCUACUCCAUCUACCCCGACUCAUGCCUCUCCUCCUCCGCCGCCGAAGACCUGCAAUCUCUCCAUCUCCAAAUCCUCAACCACGCCCAACCAUUAACCGCCCCAUACAUCUGGCAGCACCAGCCCUUUUCUCUCUCCAUAUCCCCCGCACCCCUUCCUCACCUCUCCGGCCGCCUCCGUUUCGGCGACAAUCUCGAAGACGAGUGGUUCGUCGUUCACAUCCUCUUCGAAAUCUCCAAAAACUUCCCCAAUUUAUCCAUCCGCGUCUGGGACUCGGACGGCGAGUUUCUCUUGAUCGAAUGCGCAUUCCACCUCCCCAAAUGGCUUAAUCCAGAGACCUCGAUCAACCGCGUUUUCCUCCGCAGCGGCCGCCUCCGUAUACUCCCGCCGUCGACCUUCCGGGAGACUCCUAACUUGGAGGACGCUUUGCGAUUGUUGGCGCGCGAAGACGCCAACGAUUCUGCGACGAAUGCGCCGGAUGCUGUUCAGUUGCAUUUGAACAAUAAAAUCGGCGAGUAUCCGGAGCGUGCUUAUAGAAACGUCCACAAAGUGAGGGUCAUAGUGCCGGUUUCCGUGGCGUGGCUGCUGAGGCACGAGCCCUGCUUGAUAUCUUUAUCGGUUGAGGGGUUUUACGAUAGGGACAUUGAUAGUAUGAAGUGUGCCGCCAGAAUGGAGAGGCUUCUGCCGAGGGGGAAGCAGGAGGAGAUGGUGGAGGUGGUUGUGAGGAUGUCUAGAGCCAUGUAUGCUCAAUUGGUGCAGCAGAAGUUUCAGGCUCCCGCUUGCUAUCCAAUGCCGGAGAGGAGUAAUGUCGCCAAGUAUUUGGAGGCGGAGCUCGGGAUGAAGAUCGCUUGCGGGUUUGAGAUGAUGUAUCAAAUUAGAAAGAAGGAGGGGGCUGAAGGCAAGGGGAGCACAUGGGAAGCCUUUAAGGAGAGUUUGGAGAGGAGCGGUUAUUUUGAGGGGUUGUUGCCGGGGUCAAAGGAAUACAAGAGGUUGAUGGAGAAGGCUGAGGAGUACUAUCGGAAUAGUUCUUUGCAUUCUAGAGCCAGUGAGGUAUUGAGUGCACCUGUGAAACGCAUAGAUGAAAUUCUUGCACUUCCACAUUCAGCUGAUGAUUUCAAGAGUCUGGAUCUUCCUCCAUCUGAUGAUGAUUCAUGGCUUUAUGGAGGGGAAGAUGAACUGAAUGCAGCUCUUCAGGAAAGGCAAAAGGAGAUGGACCUUUUCAAUUCAAAACAAAAAAAGAAACAUAAGUCAAAAGAGCAGGAAGAGCAAGGGUCAGCAUCUGGCAAAGCUGUUGAUGAGUAUGAUCUUGGGGGAAUCGCUAAAUCCAUGCAGUCAUUUAUUGAGAAGAUGUCAAGCUACAAGGGAGCUGAGCUUCCGGAAGACAGGAACUUGAAAGAUGUGGAUUUUGAUGUGGAUCAGUUUAUGAAAGACAUGGAAUCAGUAAUGGGACACCGGGGUUCUGACAAAAAUGACAGUGAUAUUGAUCUCGAAGAAGGAUCAUCAUCAGAUCUUGAUUUUGAUGACUAUGAAGAUGGGAGUGAGCAUGCAGAUGAUAUUGAUCAAGAUGGAGAUGAUGAGUUCAUACACUCCUAUUCAGAUGCCCUAAACAAGGAAUUGAAGGCUACUACACUUGAUAAAACCUUUGUUCAUGCAGGGGAAGAGUCCACUAAGAAGAAAUAUGAGGGAACGUCCAAUGUGGAUGAUGAGAUGGAAGAGUUUACUCCGGUGGAUGUAGAUUUCAAUCUGGUAAAGAAUUUCCUCGACUCCUAUUCUUCUCAGGAAGGACUGUCGGGGCCUGCCUCCAAUCUUCUAGGACUUAUGGGUUUAAAGUUGCCUGAUGAUGUUAGCAAAGGCAAAUGAUUUUCUGCUGCCUUACUUCAGUUGCAUCAAGAUCUACUGAUGGAUGCUGUUAGUUGCUUAUCAGCUUAUAUGUAUGCGUUCAUGUCCAGCCAAUUUAUUUCAUGACAGCUACUUUCAGAUCGUUGUUGACAGACAGAGAGUCUGCCAUAGGCAUAAACUGUUCCACAUCUUAUAAGGAGUACAUUUUUAUGCAAGUGCCACUGUUAUCUAGUGGUGUUAAGGCGCCAAAAAAAUCACGGAUGAACUUGUCGAUCUUGUUCAUAUUUCUUGCAUUAAGACUACUAUGAUAUGUUGAGAAACAUAGCAGGACUAGCAUUUCUGAUCAGGAAUCGAUCGAGUAGAUUUUCCA